ACAGAAUGCCAGACUGAAUGUUGAAAUAGAUAAAUGUAACCUGAAGUAAAACCUAUUCGAAAGCAAAAUUUAUAACACAAUAUAGCUGAUGAAUCAACAUUUUAGCUGUGAGCCUGAUAAGCCUGACAGUAAUAAAAUGAUAAUGUCUUUUUAACAGGCAGAUUUGGAGGCUGCUAGUGGAACCAUUGUUUACAUUUUGAAGACACAGCAGAAUGGUGGUGGAGGUGGAGAGUUUCUUCGGUGUUUACAUGCUGUAUUGCAUUAACCCCAGAUUUAAAGGACGGAUCUAUAUCGGCUUCACUGUCAACCCGGAGCGCAGGAUCGGACAACACAAUGCUGGACGGCACCGAGGAGGAGCGGUGAGGACUAGCGGGAGAGGACCUUGGUAUGUAGGACUGGAUACGGACAGAACUGCAUGAUGGACUCACUACAUUAACUUUUAAUAUCCCAAAUAUAUCCAUUUGUUUUCCUCAUCAGGGAGAUGGUCCUCAUCAUACAUGGCUUCCCCUCUGAUAUCGCAGCCCUGAGGGUACGUGCACAGUAAAACACUGAAGAGUGUUUUUAGAGGUUAAAACUGAACAAAGACUCUUGGAUAUAAGUUCACACAGCUCUGUAGUGCAAGUCACCACAUGUGCUCAAAAUCACUUAGAAAGCAACAUGUGCUGCUCUCCAGAUAAUGACAAACCACAUCUGGGAAGAUGCAUAGCUCUGUAGUAGGAGAGUCCUGCGGCCAAACCGGCCUGUCUGUACUUUUAAAAUAUGUUAUAAAGAAAGAUUAAAACUUAUUAAAAUCAAAGAUCUUAGAAGGAUAAUUAUUCAAAGUGACAGUGUUUGUUUCUCGGGGGUUUUUAUGUCAGUAACACAUCAGGGUUAAUCAAGUCAGUUAUUGUUGUGGAAUUUCAAUCUUCUUUGUGUUUAAUCAUAAAAUAUUUUGUGUCUUGAUAUUUCUAGAAGUAUUAAGGUCCUUACACACUGGGGCCGACGCGAAUGUAGAACGCGAAAUUACGAAAUAUUCGGAGGCGAAUUUUGACGCGCCUGACUAUACACAUCAAGCCCUAUGCAAUUUUGCGGGGAGAAACGACGUGUCCCGAGCAUAGACUGUAUAUAGAAUGGACAGCGUCUGCCUCCCUCGCUGGGUGAAGCCACUCUGAGAACAGCACCCUCUGUUGAUGGGCUGCAGUAUAGGUCAUAAAUCCCGCCUCCGCUAGCAAAGCUUAUGGGACUAUGGACAAACUUUAGAAAUUUAUUACACAGAGCAUGAAUUUUUCUCUCCCCUGCUUGUGAUGUUGACAUGUAGUUAUUGUAAGACUGGUUUCUGCUGAAGUCCUCUUUUUUCUGUACAGCUCCGUUUUUAAAAGUUAUUAGGGGGUUCAUGUUUUCUAUGAUUGACACUUGGUACAGCCUAUGGGCGUUCAGGGAUUGCGUAGCUCACCUGGGGGGAUACGUUGUUUGAGCUGAGCGUCAUCACAGUGACUCCCGGUGACUGCACGGCCGAAUGCGGAAGUAUUGAGAGCUUUUUGGCUUCAAAUCCAUAUACAGGCGGUAGGCGGAACCAAGUUGUCCAUCGUAUAUACAAUCUAUGGUCCCGAGGAAGACUGUUGUCGGGGGAAAAAAUAUUGACGUCCGAAAUAAUUGCAUGUAAAAAAUGGUCCCGGUGUGAAAGGACCUUAAUAGUUAAAAGGAUUAUAGAUGAUUUCCUUACUCUGAGAUUGUUUUAUCACUUAAGGCUUCUACAGACACAAAACCACUUUAUUAUUUAAUAUAUCAGUUGAUUUAUUUUUUUUAAAUAGAUGAUUUCAUUCCUCAUGUUUCCAGUUUGAGUGGGCGUGGCAGCACCCUCACACCUCUCGCCGUCUCUCCCACGUGUCUCGGCGCUCCAGGAAAGAGUCCAGCCUUCAGUUCCACUGGCGUGUGGUCUCAAACAUGCUGCGGGUGGCACCGUGGAAUAGGCUGCCACUGACGGCCCGCUGGCUCAAACAGGAGUACAGGAUGGACUUUGAACCCAGCCUGCAGCCGCCACUCCACAUCCCCAUCGCCUUUGGGAGCGUGAGAGCGAAGAAGAAGAAGCAGCUGCCGCCCCCUGCAGGAGAGGAGGAAGAGAAGGAGGAGGAGGGUCAGUGUUUCCUCUGCAGAAGAUUCAUUAAGGUCAGUUUAAUUUGACUUGAAAAUACCCGUGGAAACCUUGGAAAUAAUAACCUGGAGUGUUUGUUUUUCCUGUCCUCAGAAGUCAGAGGAGCUGAGCUGUUUCCAUCCGGCCUGUUCGAUGAGCAGUCAUGUGAUCUGCCUUGCCAAACUCUUCCUUAAAUCAGAGCCAUCUCACCUCCUGCCAGUGGAGGGUGAGUGUCCGGCAUGUAGGCGCUCUGUGCUGUGGGGGAGUCUGAUCCGACACAAACAGGGCUGCUUUGGAGACCUAGAAGAGAUUGGAGCGUCUGGGUCUCAGGUGAGGGAGGAGAUGGUCAGAUACAGCUGAUCUUUACAGAAAUAUGUGACUAAAAUGUAAACUCGUUACUUUUUCCCACUCAGAGUCACUCCAGGAUUAAAAACAAUGAUUUUUAGAGCUGCUCUUAUGUAAUUCUAUCCCUGUUUCCUUCUCUGCUCUCUCACAGAGUCACUGGGCGGAUGAGCUGCAGGCUUUAGGAAGCUGAUUCUGCAAAAAAUGAACUUUGAGUUCCUUCCUGAUGAAAUCUGGAGCCACAAGUUCAGUUUUUUGAAAAGAGUGAUGAAGAAACAGAAAAACACUUUUUCACAUCAAGCACAGAAAUUGAUCCAGCACGAAGAUCUGACUUCUCUCCACUGGGUGUUUUUAAAAAUCGUGAUCAUGAAACAUUUUUAAAGCAUGCUAAAUGUGUAUAAAAAAGAAAAAAGGUUUUAAUGCAUUUUGUAACAAAUAAAAUAUUUUUUUAGAGUAAAUUAAUCGUGUCUCAGUCAUACAUUCAUACAGUAGAGACAGCUCAGACCAGUCUGUUUAUUGAAAGGAAACGUUAAUAUUAAAGCUGAUAUUUUUAUGCUGGCUUGUUUAAAAAGAGGCUUAUCUUUCAAAAUAAACUAAAUUUGUUUUUUUAAAAGUAUUUAAAAACAGGGAAUAAAGAAAAACAUAAAAACACUUUAACAGUUGAAUUUUGGUGCUUUUCUGGCCCAAAAACUUGUUUCUGCUGCAGACAAGUUUUCAGUUUGUUAACAACAGAAGCAGGUGACAAAGUGAAUUUUGACCACUUUCCAACAUUAUAUGAGAAAUAUUUAAUUUCAACAAAAUGUUUCAGCGUGUUGGAACAGAAGACAACCAUCAUUCUCCAAGAUCACUUUAUUGAAUACCUGUGAAUGUCAGUCACAAAAAAACAAGCAAUAAAACUUUAAUUUCAUCAGAGUGUAAAGGCAUUUUUUACAGGAUUCGACAAAAGAAAAAAAAACAUUUAAACCUUAUUUAUUAUAUUUUUGAUUUCUUUUUGCUGAGCAGAAAAAAGAUGUUUGAGUUCACAAAAAAGGAAACCUCAGAUAAAUAGAGCAACACAAGGAUGAAGAUGAAUGUUCAAAACUCGGUACCUGAGAAUCAUUUAGACCCAAAGAAAAUUAAAAAACAGGCAGAUGUUGAAACUUGAGACUGUCCGGAAAAGAACUGACUAAGUUCUUUUUGAGAAUAAUAUAGGCUACAUCUUUAAAACGUUAUUAACUGAUAGCAUUUGUUAAUGACAGUAAUAAGCUCCACUCUUCUGUUGAGUCUCUUCAUGACUGAGGUCAGCUGACGCUUUCAACCAACACCUGAGGGAUGACAGAAGGAGUGCCACAGUGAUGGACCAGAACAGAGAGACAGAAACACUCACUUCAGGGUGCCAAGAUCUUGAGCGGUACUACAUCAUCCACUAGCUGUGGCUGUUGACACGAAGACUGGGGGGACUGACUACGAAACAUGGACCAAGUUAACUGGUAAUAGAACCCGUAUGUCAGCAUUUCCUUCUUUUUUUAUACAUAUAUAUCCUCUUGCGCUAUUGUGUUAUUCUCUUUCUUAAAGAAGAAGUGAAAUUAACUGAACUGAAAAUUUUGCAAUUUACAAUGUUUAUUUUACAGAUGUUAAGGCAGUGUGUGAAACAAUAAAAGAUCCCUUUAUCAUAAUGAUUUGAUUGUCUGGCACAGUGUUAGUAUAAAAGCAAUGAUUAGUGCGGCUUUAACGCUGUGUUUGUGGCUGUUCAUCUGUCCUCUUCAUCCUCAUUGUUGGACAGGAGGGGCUUGAACUGUGAUCACCGGCUGAGAGGAACAACAAAAAAAAAAGGGAAAAAGAGUCAAAUUAAAAGGUUGACUCCUUCAGACUGGGCUGAAUUUUAAAAUUUCUUAUGAAGUUAUAAAAAAUAUACAUAUACUAUUGAUAUCUACAGUAUACUAUAUACGAUAGGCUAAUGCUCUUCAUGCCGACAGGAGAACAUUUUCGAAGUGAAACCAAAUCGUAUUCUCUGCAUUUUAAAUCGGCCGGGCCCUAAAAUAAGCUUAAUAUGUAUAAGAAAGAGAGAUACCUGUAAAAUUAAGGAGAUAAACACUUGUUUGUAUCAUGCAAACAUUUCACAGUGGUUUCACCUGCAUGGGUGAAGAAUUGAUCAUCCAGUUAGAUAAGUCACCGUCUGUUUUCACUCACCAUUUUUGGAGCUGGAGCACAGCAGUUGACCACCUUGCAGCAGUAAGCGGCUAAAGUCACAGAGAUGGCCAUCAAACAAACAUUAAUCAGCACACCUUCAGCGUGGAAAUGGGACUGUGUGGACUUCAAGAGGAGAGAGGAUGACAUGAAAACAAGAUAAAAUACACAGUUGUGUUUACUGAGGUGAUUUCAGGACUUCAAACUCUGAAAUAACUGUUGCUGACGUUUUAUGUGUGAGAUUUUAAAAAGUAAAACAGUAAGAUUUAUGUAAGUUCAUUUAACUUUAUAGUAAAUCAAGGUUUUUGACUCACCACAACUUUGUGGCAGGUUUCUCUGAUGUGAAGGGUGUUGUUGUCAUCACCGUAGUACCAGCAGGAGUAAUAUAUCAUCUCCAUUUUGACAAUAUUGAAGAUCAUGUUGAAGACUGAAGCUACACAUGCCACAAUCUGCAUCCCCAAACAUGCUCUGAGCUGACACAUGAAAAACAAGAGUGGAUCUAUCAGCAUAAGUAUUUGAGUUUCCUGUCUGCUCCUUCUCUGUGCUAGACGCUGACUAAAAGAGCUCCAUACAUCCUUCAUUCAAGCUUUGACUGACUAAAAAAAAGCUGAAAUACAAGUUUACUGAUUGAUGAUGACUCACUGUUGGCAGGUGGAGGUUCUGUGCUGCUACAGCCACGCUCCCCGCGAUAAUAACCUGAGAAGGACAUAGACAUCACACCGUCUAAAUGUCGUCAACAUUAGGACCAAGAGUGGAGGUCAAAAGGCUGAAAAAACAACCUGCUGGAGGGGAGAACCAAAGUCAGCUCAGCAGGAGAAGGACACGACAAAUAAAAAGUGAACUUUGAUGAUGAGAGGUGUCUACAGUCAAUAUAGAAGUCAGACCUUAUGACCCGUGUUAGUCCACGCAGUCCUGUAAUGCACCUGUUUAUACUGUAAGUUUGACUCUCACACAUAUGUCAAUUUUCCUCUAUCCCUUUAUCACUGUCGCCCAUCUUCUCAUCAUCUAUUUUGAUUUUUGGUUGCACAGGUGGUUGACAGGUGCUCACCAGUACACAUGCAAUGAUGAAGGCGAUGUCUCCGCCCGGUCGGCCCAGGUCAUUGGCCAGAAACACGCUUGCGCAGAUGAUCUGAUAAGCGCUCAUGCCGAUCUGGGUGACCUGGAACAGCACAGAGAGUACCUCAUAUUUAAAUAUCACAAACUCGUGUUUGAUGUCAUCUCAAAAACACACUUUCUUCGACACUCGGGGCAGCUCACCCCCAGAAACUUGGGUUCAGCCUCCAGGUAUUUGCGCUUUCUGUUGACGUUUCUCUGGAAGGAAAUUUCGACCAGAGGACUCUGAUUCGGACUGACUCCCUCCUCCACCACCGCAUCUUCAUCUGAGUGUGCAGCUGAAAACAACACCUGGAUCUCAUCACUCUAGCACAAACAUGCCUCUCCACAUUCAGACCCUCACUUGAAGUAUUUAGAUAUAAUUGAAGAGCGUCUUUUUUUUACCUUCCAUAGUCACAGAAAGUCCGUUAAAUCCUCCGCAGACAGAUCUCUUCCCGUUUUUUGAGGUUAUACAUGCUACAGGAAGUUUUGCAACAACCUUUCGGAUCUGUCCAAGUCCCGCCCCGAGCCCGUCCUGUCAGCUACCCACGUCCAGCUGCAAGGAUGUUUGAGACCAGAGUCCGGAUUGGCUGGUUCUAUUUACUUCUAUUUGACAUAGCCUAAAGAUAAAUAAGGAGCUAAUGGAUGAGGACUAAAUACACAUUUACCUCCAUAAUUGCAGCUUCUCUGAUAAAGUACUAAAAUCCAACUAUUUUAUAAUGAAUUUAUUAAAGAAGCUAAAACACUGUUUAUGUAAAACAAGUUUUUAUGUCGAGUUAAUGAAAAUAAAAUAGUUUAUAUGAGAAAACUUUGAUACGUAGAGAUAACGAGAUAAUAAGUCGUUAUCAUAGACUGUAUAUAGAAUAGACGUCAUCUGUCUCCUCGCUGGGUAAAGCCACCCUGAGAACAGCACCCUCUGGUGACAGGCUGCAGUAUAGGUCAUAAAUCCCGCCUCCUCCAGCAAUCUCUAUGUAGUUGUGGACAAACUUUAAAAAUUAAUUACACAGAAUAUAAUUUUUUCUCCCCUCUGCUAGUGAUGUUGACAUGUAGUUACUGUAAGACUGGUUUGUGCUCAGGUCCUCUCAUUUCUGUACAGCUCAGAUUUUUAAAAGUUAUUAGGGGGUUCAUGUUUUCUACGAUUGACACUUGAUACAGCCUAUGGGUGUACAGAGAUUGUGUGGCUCGUCUGGGGGGAUACACUGGUUGAGCCGAGCGUCAUCACAGUGACUCUCCUGCCGAAUGCGCACGAUGCUACUGCGUAAUGUUGGUUUCAGGAAACAGAGAGAAAAUGCAGAAUUACCGAGAGCUUUUUGGCUUCAAAUCCAUAUACUGGUGGAAGGCGGAACCAAGUUGUCCAGAGUAUUUACAGUCUAUGGUUGUUAUCACUGGAUAACUGUGCAUGAAAAGAAAAAUCCAUGGCCGUUCUCGUCUUCCUUAUGGAGCCUUUUUAAAAGUGUGACAAAACCAUAAUAUGAUACUGCAAAUAAUUUACACCCUAUAUUCAACAAAACCACUCAAUCUUUAUUUGUAGCCUAUAGGACUUUUCAUACAAGGCAAUGUAGCACAAAGUGAUUUAGACAGAAGAAGAAUAAAAGAAAGAUAGAAAGAACAAUUAAAAAAAAACAAUACAUUCAAUUUUUUUUUACCUCUGUGUGAAAACUAUAUACUAAUUUAGUCUACAUUUGAAUUAAACAUGUUUCAGAGAUGGAACAAAAGACGCCAAUCAUUUUCCAAAAUUAUUUAUUGAAUACUUGUGACAGUCACAAAAAAAAAACAACUUAAAUUUCAUCAGAGUUUGGAGGCAUUUUUACAGGAUUUGACGAAAAAUAUAUAUAUAUUUAAUCGGUAAUGUCUGCGCACAGAUGGUUCUACCAUCCUAAAACUACCAUGAAGCCCAUAAUAUUCAAAAAAUCAUUUCUUAUUGUUGAGCAGAAAAAAAGAUGUUUGAGUUCACAAAAAAGAAAACUUCAGAUAAAUUGAACAACACAAAAAUGAAGAUAAAUGUUUAAAACUCAGUACCUGAGAAUCAUUUAGACCCAAAGAGAAGUAAAACAACAGGCAGAAUUGAAAUAUGUCUGUCUUUAAACUCUGAUUUUAGUUCAUUUUAAGUACAAAAUACAUCUUUAAAAAGUUAUUAAAAGGUAGCAUUUGUUAAUGACAGUAAUAAGCUCUACUCUUCUCUUGAGUCUCUUCAUGACUGAGGUCAGCUGUCGCUCACAACCAACAUCCAAGGGAAGACAGAUGGAGAGCCACAGUGAUGGACCAGAACAGAGAGACAGAAACACUCACUUCAGGGUGUAAAGAUCUUCAGUGGUCCUACAUCAUCCAGCGACUCUGACUGUUGACACGAAGACUGGAGGACUGAUUACAAAACAUGGACCAAGUUAAGUGGACUGGUACCCUACAUAUGAGCAUUUACUUCUUUUUCAUCCUCUCAUGUUGUCGUGUAAUCCUCUUUCUUAAUGAAGGAGUGAAAUUAACUGAACUGAAAAUUAGGGUAAAUUAAUGGAUAAACUACAGGGUAUUUGUGAAUUUGUGAUGAACUGUGAGGUGAAUUUCUGGACUGGACUCUGAAUUUUUUUGAAAGUGGCAUCUGUUUUUGUUUGAUUUUUAAACACUAACGCCUAAAAUCGACUCUGACUCUGUUUGUGGCUCUUUGCUGCCUUAAGAGAGUGGAUAUUGUUGGUUGUUUGUGUCAGUAAUAAGCACAAAAGAAGGUUUUUCAAGACUCUUCAGACUAAGAGAGGAAGUUGACCCUGAUCUCAAUGUUAAGAGGCUCAAAAAUGUCUAACUGGCCGUCACAAUGACAGGAAUCUGUGAGUUAAUAACACAACUCUCACAUUCACAGUGAAAAUUAUAAAAAGAAAGACCAGAGUGUGCAGAGUAUUUUUUAUAUUUCACCUAUAACCCACAGGACUGUAGAGGUCACUUUUCAGUCACUUUCUCCUGCUUGGUAACCCCAGCUGUUAUCUCUCUUUGUGAGUCUGCGCCACAGUUUGUGAUUAUUAAAUCUUUCUUUUUAAGGAAAGUUCAGUUAAAGGAGAUCUCUGCAGGUUAACCUUUAAAAUUGGAAAGUCAUGUCAUAUAUUUGCAACUUCAGAUGAUUAUUGAUUCUGUUUUUAGCUUAAAUGCUGCUCUGUGCUUCAGUGCUCAUUUCUAACUGUACUUUGCAGAUGUUAAGGCAGUGUGUGAAACAUUAAAAAGAUCCCUUUGUCAUAAUGAUUUGAUUGUCUGGCACAGUGUUAGUAUAAAAGCAAUGAUUAGUGCGGCUUUAACUCUGUGUUUGUGGCUGUUCAUCUGUCCUCUUCAUCCUCAUUGUUGGACAGGAGGGGCUUGAACUGUGAUCACCGGCUGAGAGGAACAACAAAAAAGACAUGAAAAAAGAAUAAAAUCAAGAGGUUGACUCUGUCAGACUGCAUUUUUUUAGUGCUUCUACUUAAAAUGAAGAAUUUGCCUUCUAGGAUUUUGUUGCAGCCUGUUUAACAGCUGCAUGAAUAAGCUUAAUAUGUAUAAGAAAGAGAGAUACCUGUAAAAUUAAGGAGAUAAAUACUUGUUUGUAUCAUGCAAACAUUUCACAGUGGUUUCACCUGUAUGGGUGAAGAAUUGAUCAUCCAGUUAAAUAAGUCACCGUCUGUGUUCACUCACCAUUUUCGGAGCUGGAGUGCAGCAGUUGACCACCUUGCAGCAGUAAGCAGCUAAAGUCACAGAGAUGGCCAUCAAACAAACGUUUAUCAGCACACCUUCAGCGUAGAAAUGGGACUGUGUGGUCUGCAAGAGGAGAGAGGAUGACAUAAGAAUAGGAUUAAAUACACAGUUGUGUUUACUGAGGUGAUUUCAGGACUUCAAACACUGAAAUAACUGCUGCUGACGUUUUAUGUGUGAGAUUCUAAAAAGCCAAACAGAAAGAUUUAUGUAAAUUCAUUUAACUUUAUAGUAAAUCAAGGUUUUUGACUCACCUCAACUUUGUAGCAGGUUUCUCCAAUGUGAAGGGUGUUGUUGUCAUCACCGUAUUGCCAGCAGGAGUAAUAUAUCAUCUCCAUUUUGACCAGAGUGAAGAUCAUGUUGAAGACUGAAGCUACACAUGCCACAAUCUGCAUCCCCAAACACGCUCUGAGCUGACACAUGAAAAACAAGAGUGGAUCUAUCAGCAUAAAUAUUCUAGUUUCCUGUCUGCUCCUUCUCUGUGUUAGACACUGACUAAAAGAGCUCCAUACAUCCUUCAUUCAAGCUUUGACUGACUAAAAAAAAGCUGAAAUACAAGUUUACUGAUUGAUGUGUUGACUCACUGUUGGCAGGUGGAGAUUCUGUGCUGCUACAGCCACGCUCCCCGCGAUAAUAACCUGAGAAGGACACAAACAUCACACAGUUUAAAUGGCGUCAACAUCAGGACCAAGAGUGGAGGUUCAGCUUCAACAAAAGGCUGAAAAAACAACCUGCUGGAGGGGAGAACCAAAGUCAGCUCAGCAGGAGAAGGACACGACAAAUAAAAAGUGAACUUUGAUGAUGAGAGGUGUCUACAGCCAAUAUUUAGUUUACACUUUGUCUCACUGUCUGUUGUUUUGUGGCUGUUUGUCCAGCUGAAGGUCAAUUUAAACUGCAUUUAUCCGGUUAAUUUCAGGUUUUUUUUUUAAAUUACAAAAUUUACACUUUUCUUCCUGCAGUCUUUAAUGAACAUGUGCAUUGAUAGAAGUCAGACCUUAUGACCCGUGUAAGUCAAUGCAGUCCUGUAAUGCACCUGUUUAUACUGUAAGUUUGACUCUCACACAUGUCAAUUUCCCUCUAUCCCUUUAUCAUUGUUGCCCAUCUUUUCAUCAUCUAUUUUGAUUUUUGGUUGCACAGGUGGUUGACAGGUGCUCACCAGUACACAUGCAAUGAAAAAGGCGAUGUCUCCGCCCGGUUCGCUCAGGUCAUUGGCCAGAAACACGCUUGCGCAGAUGAUCUGAUAAACGCUCAUGCCGAUCUGGGUGACCUGGAACGGCACAGAGAGUACCUCAUAUCUAAAUAUCACAAACUCAUGUUUGAUGUCAUCUCAAAAACACACAUUCUUCGACACCCGGGGCAGCUCACCCCCAGAAACUUGGGCUCAGCCUCCAGGUAUUUGCGCUUUCUGUUGACGUUUCUCUGGAAGGAAAUUUCGACCAGAGGACUCUGAUUCGGACUGACUCCCUCCUCCACCACCGCAUCUUCAUCUGGAAACAAACCAGUUCAAAAUCGACAUUUAUGCCGAGCUGAACUCUGGCAAAAAAGACGUGCAUGUAGCCUGUGUGCAGCUGAAAACAACACCUGGAUCUCAUCACUUUAGCACAAACAUGCCUCUCCACAUUCAGAACCUCACUUUAAGUAUUUAGAUAUAAUUGAAGAGCGUCUUUUUUUUACCUUCCAUAGUCACAGAAAGUCCGUCAAAUCCUCCGCAGACAAAUCUCUUCCCGUUUUUUGAGGUUCUACAUGCUACAGGAAGUUUUGCAACAACCUUUCGGAUCUGUCCAAGUCCCGCCCCGAGCCCAUCCUGUCAGCUACCCACGUCCAGCUGCAAGGAUGUUUGAGACCAGAGUCCGGAUUGGCUGGUUCUAUUUACUUCUAUUUGACACAGCCUAAAGAUAAAUAAGGAGCUAAUGGAUGAGGAAUAAAUACAUAUUUACCUCCAUAAUUGCAGCUUCUCUAAUAAAGUAUUAAAGUCCAACUAUUUUAUAAUGAGUUUAUUAAAGAAGCUAAAACACUAUUUAUGUAAAACCCUUUGCUAUGUCGAGAUAACCACAAUUAAAUUGUUUUUACGAGAAAACUUUGUUAUAUAGAGAUAACAAGUCGUUAUCAUUAGAUAGCUGCAAAAAAAGGAAAAACCAUGGUUGUUCUCGUGUUCCUUAUGGAGCCUUUCUAAAAGUGUGACAAAACCAUAAUCCAGUGCUGCAAACAAUUUACACCCUAUAUUCAAUAAAACCAAUCAAUCUUUAUUCGUAGCCUAUAGGACUUUUCAUACAAGGCAAUGUAGCACAAAGUGAUUUAGACAGAAGAAGAAGAAAAGAAAGAUAGAAAGAAAGAAAGAAAGAAAGAAAGAAAGAAAGAAAGAAAGAAAGAAAGGAGAACAGUUCAGAAAACAAUACAUUAAAUGUGGAUAUAAAAAGUCUACACACCCCUGUUCAACUGCCAGGUUUUCGUGAUGUGAGAAAAUGACAGCAAGAUAAACAUUUUCACAACUUUUUCCACCUUUAAUGUGACCUAUAACCUGUACAACGCAAUUGAAAAACAAACUGAAACCUUUAAGGGGAAAAAUAAAAAAUAGAAAAGUUAAAAUUUCCUGGUUGCAUAAAUAUGCACACCCUUAAACUAAUACUUUGUUGCAGCACUCAGUCUUUUUGGGUAGGAGUCUAUCAGCGUGGCACAUCUUGAUAUGGCAAUAUUUGCCCACUCUUCUUUGCAGAACCGCUCCAAAUCUGACAGAUUGCGAGGGCAUCUCCUGUGCACAGCCCUCUUCAGAUCACCCCAAAAAUGUUCGAUGGGAUUCAGGUCUGGGCUCUGGCUGGGCCAUUUCAAAGCCUCAAUCUUAUUCUGGGGAAGCCAUUCUUUUGUUCAUUUAGAUGUGUACUUUGGGUCAUUGUCGUGCUGAAAGAUGAAGUUCCUCUUCAUCUUCAGCUUUCUGACGUCUAAGGACGAAGGUUUUGCGCCAACACUGACUGGUAUUUGGAACUAUUCAUGAUUCCCUCCACCCUGACUAUGGCACCAGUUCCAGCUGAAGAAAAACAGCCCCAAAGCAUGAUGCUGCCACGACCAUGCUUUACUGUAGGUAUGGUAUUCUUUUGGUGAUGAGCAGUGUUGUUUUUGCGCCAAAUAUACCUUUUGCAAUGAUGCCCAAAAAGUUCAACGUUGGUUUCAUCAGACCAUAAGACAUUUUCCCACAUGCGUUGGGGAGAUUUCAGAUGUUUUUUUGAAAAUUAAGCUGGGCUCUGAUGUUUUUCUUUGUUAGAUAAGGCUUCCAUCUUGCCACCAAACCCCAUUGCCCAGACAUAUGAAGACAGCGGGAGCUUGUUGUCACAUGUACUACACGGCCAGUACUUGCCAGAAAUUCCUACAGCUCCCACAGUGUUGCUGUCGUCCUCUUGGUAGCCUCCCUGCCCAGUUUUCUUCUUCUCUUAUCAACAAUUUUGGACGGACGCCCUGUUCUUGGUAAUGUCACCGUUGUGCCAUAUUUACUCCACUUGAUGAUGACAGUCCUCACUGUGUUCCAUGGUAUAUUUAAUAACUUGGAAAUUCUUUUGUAGCCCUCACCUGACUGAUAUCUUUGAAUAAUGAGAUCCCUCUGAUGCUUUGGAAGCUCUCUGUGGACCAUGGCUUGUGCUGAAGAUGUGGCUACAAAAAUGUCAGGAAAUGUCCACUACAACAGCUGGACUUUAAUUGGGGUUGAUCAGAGGCACUUUAAUUGGUGACAGGUGUGUGCCGACUCCAAUUUAACCUGAGUUUGAGUGUUACUGGUUAAAUCUGAACACAGCCACAUCCCCAGUUAUUAAAGGGUGUGCACACUUAUGCAACCACAUGAUCUCAGUUGUUUUUUUUUACUUCAUCUUCUCGAAAGAUUUCAGUUUGUUUUUCAAUUGUGUUUUACAGGUUAUAGGUCACAUUAAAGGUGGAAAAAGUUGUGAAAUUAUUUAUCUUGAUUUAUUUUUUUUAUAUGACAAAAACCUGGCAGUUGAACAGGGGUGUGUAGACUUUUUAUAUCCACUGUGCUAUGAGUUUUUACUUCUGUAUAAAAAAAUAUAUACUAAUUUAGUCUACAUUUGAUUUAAAACAUGACGCCGAUCAUUUUCCAACACUAUUUUAUUGAAUACUUGUGUCAGUCACAAAAGAAACAAACAAUAAAACUUAAAUUUCAUCACAGUUUAAAGGCAUUUUUACAGAUUUCAAUGAAAGGAAAAAAAAUACCUUUAAUCUGUAAUGCCUGUGCACAGAUGGUUCUACCAUUCUACAAUUACUGUAAAGCCUAUAACUUUCAAAAAAUUGGAAUUCAUACAAAAGUGCUAAAUCACAUUUUGAUUUCUUAUUGUUGAGCAGAAAAAAAGAGUUUUGAGUUAAAAAUAGAAACCAGAUAAAUUGAACAACACAAGGAUGAAGAUGAACGUUCAAAACUUGGUAUCUGAGACUCAUUUAGACCCAAAGAAUAUUUCAAAAACAGGCAGAAGUGAAAUAUGCCUGUCUUUAAACUCUGAUUUUAGUUCUUUUUAAGUAUAAAAUACAUUAUUAUUAAAAGGUAGCAUUUGUUAAUGACAGUAAUAAGCUCUACUCUUCUGUUGAGUCUCCUCAUGACUGAGGUCAGCUGUCGCUCACAACCAACAUCCAAGGGAAGACAGAUGGAGAGCCACAGUGAUGGACCAGAACAGAGAGACAGAAACACUCACUUCAGGGUGUAAAGAUCUUCAGUGGUCCUACAUCAUCCAGCGACUGUGGCUGUUGACACGAAGACUGGAGGACUGAUUACAAAACAUGGACCAAGUUAAGUGGACUGGUGCCCUACAUAUGAGCAUUUACUUCUUUUUCAAAAUAUCCUCUCAUGUUGUCGUGUAAUCCUCUUAAUGAAGAAGUGAAAUUAACUGAACUUAACUGAAAAUUUGGGUAAAUUGAUGGAUAAACUACAGGGUAUUUGUGUAUUUGUGAUGAACUGUGAGGGGAAAUCCUGGACUGGACUUUGACUUUUUGGAAAGUGGUAUCUGUUUUUGUUUGAUUUUUAAACACUAACGCCUGAAAUCGACUCUGACUCUGUUUGUGGCUCUUUGCUGCCUUAAGAGAGUGGAUAUUGCUGGUUGUUUGUGUCAGUAAUAAGCCCAAAAGAAGGUUUUUGAGACUUCUCCAGACCUUCAUAGUGUUGACUAAAAGAGGAAAUUAACCCUGAUCUCAGUGUUGAGAGGCUUAAAAAUGUCUAACUGGCUGUCACAAUGACAGGAAUCUGUGAGUUAAUAACACAACUCUCACAUUCACAGUAAAAAAAAUAUAUUAAAAGAAAGACCAGAGUGUGCAGAGUAUUUUUUAUAUUUCACCUAUAACCCACAGGACUGUAGAGGUCACUUUUCAGUCACUUUCUCCUGCUUGGUAACCCCAGCUGUUAUCUCUCUUUGUGAGUCUGCGUCACAGUUUGUGAUUAUUAAAACUUUCUUUUUAAGGAUAGUUCAGUUAAAAGAGAUCUCUGCAGGUUAACCUUUAAAAUUGGAAAGUCAUGUCAUAUAUUUGCAACUUCAGAUGAUUACUGAAAAUAACAUGCAUCAAUACUUAAACAGUGACAGCCCUUAACACAAGGUUUGGAAGCACAGAUGAGCUGCACACAGGGCUAACACACAUGAUCACUUAGUCACGUUUGUGUGAUGGCUAAUUGGCUAAUUGAAUAUUGACCCUCCUCUGAACUCUGUUUUUAGUUUUAAUACUGCUCUGUGCUUCAGUGCUCAUAUCUAAUUGUACUUUGCAGAUGUUAAGGCAGUGUGUGAAACAUUAAAAAGAUCCCUUUGUCAUAAUGAUUUGAUUGUCUGGCACAGUGUUAGUAUAAAAGCAAUGAUUAGUGCGGCUUUAACGCUGUGUUUGUGGCUGUUCAUCUGUCCUCUUCAUCCUCAUUGUUGGACAGGAGGGGCUUGAACUGUGAUCACCGGC